AUGGCGGAUUGGGCUCCGGUUCUCGUCGGAGUUGUGCUGUUCGUGUUGCUCUCUCCAGGACUCCUCUUCUCGUUUCCGGGACAUCACCGGACGUUAGAGUUCGGCGGCAUGAAAACCAACGGAAAAGCCAUCGCCGUCCACUCUCUCAUCUUCUUCGCUGCUUACACGAUCUUGAUCCUCGCAGUCAAUCUCCACAUCACAACCGGAAUCUUCUGA